GUUCAAAAAAAAUGUAAUUCGACCGUCGUUAAUGGAUACUCCAACUAGAAAUUACAGUUGAUUUGUAAGAGAUUAAUCAUUAAAGUGACAUUCUGUUUAAAUAAUACUCUCAACGCAGAAAAUAUAUUUAUAAGAGAAUUAUAGUGAAAAUAUUUUCUUUUACGAAAUAUUGUGCUAGUGUUUCAUUCUGAUUUACUGAAAAUAUGAUGAAAAUAAUUCAUUCCGUUCGUUCAUCAGCUACACUGAAAUGUUUAUGGAUCAAUAGUAAGCCGACCAUUAUUAAGCUUCUUCACCUUCUAGAAUGCAUUCUUUAUGCUAUCCAAGUUGUUACAUGGUUUGCAUUAGACAACACAAAUAGGCUGAUUAAACAUCUAGACCGCCACGUUCAUUUUGAUAACAAUAUUACCUGCAUUGAAUAUGAAGUGGACACAGAUAUCGAAACAAUAGAAGAGUCCAAUGAACAUCAAAAUGCAAGAGAUCAAGAUGAGCAACAAAAUGCCAUAGCUCCGAUAAAUCAAGUUUUUGACGAUGUUGACAUUAAUAAUCCCAAUGAUUUACCUUUGAUUGAAUCGAAUGAUCAAAGUACUCUUUUUGUGCCCAAUAAAAAUGGUGAAAAACAAAAUGUCAUAGCUUCGGAAAAUGAAGUUUUUGGCGUUACUGACAUUAAUGAUGCCAGUAAUUUACAUAUGACUGUAUUGAAUAAUGAAAAUACUCAUUUUUUGGCCACUGAAAAUGACAAUGGUUUAUAUAAAAAUGAGUCACAAAAUGUCAUAGUUUCAGUACAUGACGAUGCUGACACUUCUGAUGCCAUUGAUUUACCUUUGACUUUGACGAAUAGUGAAAAUUCUCCUCUUGUGUCCACUGAAAAUGACAAUGGUUUAUAUAAAAAUGAGUCACAAAAUGUCAUAGUUUCAGUACAUGACGAUGCUGACACUUCUGAUGCCAUUGAUUUACCUUUGACUUUGACGAAUAGUGAAAAUUCUCCUCUUGUGUCCACUGAAAAUGACAAUGGUUUAUAUAAAAAUGAGUCACAAAAUGUCAUAGUUUCAGUACAUGACGAUGCUGACACUUCUGAUGCCAUUGAUUUACCUUUGACUUUGACGAAUAGUGAAAAUUCUCCUCUUGUGUCCACUGAAAAUGACAAUGGUUUAUAUAAAAAUGAGUCACAAAAUGUCAUAGUUUCAGUACAUGACGAUGCUGACACUUCUGAUGCCAUUGAUUUACCUUUGACUUUGACGAAUAGUGAAAAUUCUCCUCUUGUGUCCACUGAAAAUGACAAUGGUUUAUAUAAAAAUGAGUCACAAAAUGUCAUAGUUUCAGUACAUGACGAUGCUGACACUUCUGAUGCCAUUGAUUUACCUUUGACUUUGACGAAUAGUGAAAAUUCUCCUCUUGUGUCCACUGAAAAUGACAAUGGAACAAUAAAGCAAUGUCAGUUAACUCAGGUAAAAAAAGAUGAAAGACGGUUCAUGAUGAAAGAUAUGGCAAAGUUUCACUUGAAUGUAAACUAUGUAUAUCGUCUAAGAGUGUUGCACACUGCUAAAAACUAUAUCUUUUUGGCGAAAGUGAACGAAGAAAAUUCGAUUAGGGCACUUGAAAGACGCAUUAAUGUUUUUUACAGUUACUCUAAGGAAAAAACUUACACCCCCCAAUUGGAGGAGCUGUGCGUUAUUAAAUAUAACGACGGUAAUUGGUACAGAGGCAUCUGUAAGGCCAUCAAUGAAGAUGUAGAUGGAAAAAUGACAUUUUUUAUAUCACUGCUAGAUUGGGGUGAUUUCAUUUCUGUAAAUGUUAAUAACAUACGAAAAAUACAGCCAUUUUUUAUUCAACACGCACCAUUAGUAGUAAAAUGCGUUCUUAGAGAUUUGAAACUUUCACGUUUUUCAAAGAAAAUUUUAAGGAAACUGUCUAAUAAAGUCUUUAAUUGCAAUAUAUUCUCAAGAUUUGGUCCGACUUAUUAUGAAAUUAAAUCAGACCAGAUAUCUAGCUUAUUAAAAAAUUAAAAAUUAAUUUUAGUGUCAACCAGUUGGCAAUUUAACAUGAACAUAUUUAUCUUGCUAAUUUAUAAUUUACAAGUAGCUCGUUUUUAAAGAAAAUUUCUUAAUCCAUUAUUACAUGUUUAGUAAUGUACAAUUCAUUCCAAAACUUAUACAACAAUUAAU